AUGACGUUUAUUCACCCUAAAUCUAAACAUUCUAAGAAUAUUAUUCAGGAGUAUUAUCCUCAUGUUGAGCUACCUGAUAGUAUUCCAUGUCCAAUUCCACUUCCAAAUGAAUAUUUGAAGAUGGGAAUUCCAAUGGAUCAGAAUGAGAUACAAGAAAACAAUGCUUUCAUCAUAGAUGGAAGUGAUGAUGAGAAUGAAGCUAGUUUACCUACAAAUCCUUCAAUAGAUGACAAAAACAAAAAUAAAUUAACAGAAAACGAUAUCAAUCAAGGAAAUUAUCCAUUGAAGAAGAAAUCAAAGCAAGUACAGAAUAUAAAACGUCGCAAAUUUAAACCAGCAAUGAUAAGAAAGACGGAACAAGAAAAUGAAAGCGAUAGUGAUUCAUUAAUGCAAGUAGAAACAAUACAGAAACUACCAAAUGAGUCAGAUCUUGACUUAUCUUUGAUGGAAACUGGCCCUCAAAAGAAACAAAAAGAUUGGAAGAAGAAAACUCAAUUACAGAGGCCAAAACCCGUAUCGCCAACAAAAAUUGAUGAUAUACCAGAGCUUAAAGAAGAAAUGGAAGAAGAAAAACCAAAAAUUAAUGAAGUUGAUUGGAAUUCAAAGGAACAACCAAAACAAACUGUUAUUAUUAUUAAACCACCAGAGCCAAUAUCCGAAACUCACGACACUCCUAAGAUUCCUUUGCAAAUUCGUCCUCCAUCAGCUGAUAAACCAAUGCCAUCGUUGCCAAGGACACAUGCGGCGGCUAUUAAUCCAAGACUCUUAAAGGCAAGACCAAAACCGCCAACUUUACUAGCAAAUGUCAGAGCUCCAGAGAAUCCAGAGUGCGAAAGGCCUUUAAGUGCUCCAGAUAAUGAAAGAAUGCCAGUAUAUGUAAGACCAGGACAAAGACCAGCAUCAUAUUCCUCUCAAAACCAAGAACCAGUGAAAAUUGAAAUAAAAUCAGAAAAUAAGCCGGAAGAAAAGAAAGAAGAAGAGAAGAAGCCACAAAUAGAAUUUGUUGAACCAGAUAAUGAGAACGUAAUUGCAAAAGGAUCAACAGAUCAAAUAGAAUACAUUUUAUCUUCAAAGAAACUUUCACAAGGGAAGAGGAAGAAAGAGGAGAAGACCCACUACACAGUAUCAUUCGAAUCAAAGAUGCAUCUUGGAAUGGUAAGAAAUUACGUUCGAAUUUUUGAAAAUUGUGAACCUUUGUUUAGUUUGAAGACUAAGAAGACGAAAGAAGAUAAAGAAAUUGCUGUAUGCAAAGGACAUGAUGCACACAUCAAUUCGUCAAAUAAAGAUGGAAUUAUCAUUGUUGCGAAUAAUGCAACAGAUUUCUCAUUGAGAGAAGGUUCAAACAUAGGAACAGAACUUGUUACAGUUCGUACAAACCUUCCUGAUGGAAAAUCUAAAUCAAGAAACAGAAUUUUCGUUCAUAAUCUUGAAAAUUCAAAAGCUUCAGUGGGAUUAACUGGGUUCGUUGAAGAAAACCAAAUUAAUAAGAUGUCUUUCAAAGAUGGACAUGAUAAUAUAUGGAUUAAAUUGACAUUUUUAGGAUCAAAUACAAUUAAUGCUGAAUGCAAUAAGUAUAUUGAUCCAAUGAGAUGCUUAACUAUUUGUUUCGCUCUAUUCACGGCUAAGGAUGACUGA